UACAUUAAAAGUGACGUACAACUCAACCAAGAAAAAUAUUCUUUUAAACUCAAAUUUUAUACAAUGAAUAAAUCACCAUGUAAUAAAAAAGAACUAUCAAGAGAGCUUGUUACAUAUUUAGUACUGAUAACUGGUACAAUUUGGUUUACAACAAUUUUGAUCAUUCUUUAUAAGGGAUUUCCAGAAAUAAAACUACCAACACUGAUGAAAGGUACUAAUAUAAACAAAAUUGGUUCAAAAUAUACUAUUAAACUUAUACAAAUAUUACUAAGUUCCUCAAACCAACCUAGACAUUAUAAUAUUUCUGAACCAGUUUCUACAAAGCAAACAUCUAGAAAAUUGUAUGGAGAAAUGGGUCUACCAGUUUUUUUACCUUCUAGUUUAUCACCGGAAGAAAGUAUUCUUGUCAAAGAUGGGUGGGAAAAGAACGCUUUCAACCAAUACGCGAGUGAUCUUAUAAGUGUCCACAGAAAACUACCAAAAAUCAGAGAUGAAUGGUGUGACAUCCCAGAUCGUUAUAAAAUAGAUAACAGUAUUAAAACUUCUGUAAUAAUCUGCUUCCACAACGAAGCAUGGUCAGUACUUCUAAGAACCAUUCAUUCUGUCUUAAGAGAGUCUCCCAAAGAGCUUUUAGAAGAAAUUAUUUUAGUAAACGAUUUUUCUUAUAUGCCACAUACCAAGACUCUUCUAGAAGACUACUGGUCACAAGAAAACAAAGUUAAAAUAUUUAGAACAUCAAGAAGAGAAGGACUGAUCAGAGCUAGGUUACUUGGAGCAACUAAAGCGAAAGGUACUGUCUUAACAUUUUUAGACUCACAUUGCGAAUGCUCACCAGGAUGGUUAGAACCAUUAUUAGACAGAAUAAGUAGAAGUCCAACAACAGUAGUAUGUCCUGUUAUUGAUACCAUAGAUGAUGCUACUAUAGCUUACCUUCAUUCUAAUAAUUCAAUCGUACAUGUUGGUGGUUUUGAUUGGAAUCUUGUGUUCGACUGGCACAUCAUACCAGAACGCAGCAAGAGGGAACAUCCUUCUGAACCAGUUCACAGCCCAACAAUGGCUGGAGGACUCUUCAGUAUCCAUUCCAAAUUUUUCGAAAUACUCGGAAGAUAUGAUGAAGAGUUCGAUAUUUGGGGAGGAGAAAAUUUGGAGUUAUCGUUUAAAAUUUGGAUGUGUGGAGGAGUACUUGAAAUAGUACCUUGUUCGCAUGUGGGGCAUAUAUUCAGGAAACGAUCUCCUUAUAAAUGGAAACAAAAUGUAGAUGUGUUUCGUAGAAAUAAUAUUAGGUUGGCUGAGGUUUGGAUGGACAGUUACGCCCAAUUUUACUAUCACAGAUUUGGAGGUAAGAAAAUUCCAUAUGGGGAUGUUAGCAAAAGGAAAGAACUUCGAAAUCAAUUGGGGUGCAGAAAUUUUAAAUGGUAUUUGGAUACUGUCUACCCAGAGUUGCAAAUUCCUUUAUCCAGUGGGGAAAUUAGGAAUCUUGGAUAUGGUGGAGAAACUUGUUUAGAUUCACCUGGUGGUAAGGAUAAUUACCACAAACCUGUUGGACUGUAUCCAUGUCAUAAACAAGGUGGUAACCAGUACUGGACUUACACUAGGAAAGGUGAAAUCCGUAGAGACAGAGCUUGUUUAGAUUACAGUGGAAGCAAUAUUAUAAUUUUUCCUUGUCACGGACAUGGGGGAAAUCAAUAUUGGGAAUAUGACGCUGAAACAAAACAUUUUCGACGUGGUAGUAUUAAUAAGUGCUUGGAAAUAAAUGAUGCUAAAAACAAGAUCAGUAUGGAAGUGUGUAAUAAUUCAAAUUUUGCUCAGAUGUGGUCAUUGGAGAAUUUUAAUUUAAGUGUAGCGUAA